UUAGAGACAGGAUCUUACUCUGUUGUGCAGAUUAGAGUGCAGUAGUGUGAUCAUAGUUCACUGUAAGCUAUGUUUAUUUAUUAGAGGAAGUAUAGAACACAGUAAAAAGAGCCAAAAUUUAGAGGACCUGGAUUCAAAUCCUCAUGCCUUAGCCUCCCAAAGUAUUGGGAUUACAGUCAUGAGUCAUGGUUCCUGACUUAUUUAUUGAGCUUCUAUUACACGCCAGGCACAGUGCUAGAUGCUGGGUAUGAGAUGAUGAAUAUAACAGACAUAAUCUCAACCUUCAUAAGCACUGAAAUUUGAUGGCAAAAUAUCCCUGAGAUCUGCCUAUGGGAUCUGUCUACAAGUCAAUGCAAAGAUCUGCCUACAAGUCAAUGCAAUAUAAUCAAAUACACAUUGGUAUUUGAGGCUAGCUAUACCUAUAUAGUUGUAAAACAGAAUAUUCUUUAGAAUUAAGUUCUAUGUCAUUUCUAGUAUCGGUCAUUUCAACUAAAUUUUUAUAAAUUCUCUGAAAAUUAGGCUAUUUCUAUUUCUCUAAAUAGAAUAGGGUAUUGGGAUGGGCAGGUUUAAUUAAGCAUAUUCCCUGAAACUAUGUGAUAAUCCCCAUCUGUUUGAGGAUUGUGUGAGUAGAACAGCACAGUUUUGCUAAUAAUUCCUUAUAAAUCAUUACAGAGUUCAAUUUUAUGAAUUUGUGCUCAUUUACUCAUUUUCUCUCCCUACACACACACACACAAAAAUAUACAUGUAUACAAAUGUGUGUGUGAAAAGCUGCCUAAAGAGAUAGUUAGCUGAUACUGUGGACUCAGAGUCACCAAUAUGCUUGCUGAUGGUCUCCAGAUCUUCUGUAUUUGCCCCACGUGUUAUGACAAUGUACAGUAUAGGCAUUUGUUUGAAUUAGGAUAAUAAAACUGGCCGAGGAUAAAGGCAGUAAAGAAACUGCAUUAUUUACAUGUCAAAAUUACCUUAUGGUGAUGAACACAUCCCUGAAGUCCCUUUUAUCCUCAAGUUUUGCUAUCCACUUGAUUUCUGAACGUGACAUACUAUCUAUCCAUUUUUACCUGGGAGUGAAAAUAAUGAUACUAUUAUGUUUACUUAUAAAGGUAUAGAGCACAGUUUAGAGCCAAAAUGUAGAGUCAGGUAGACUGGAUUCAAAUUUUAGUUGUGCCAUUUAAUUGUAUAAUUUAUGGAAAAUCACAACCUCUUUGAGUCUCAGUAUAAAAGGUGUUGCAAAAUAGAAAUAAUACAAUUUUUGUGAUUUUGUUAAGCAUUAAAUAAAAUAAUAAAUGUAAAGUGCCUGGCAGACAGUAUCUACUCUGGGUAUUAAUGAUUGGCUACAUUCAAGAACAAUUAAUAGAGAUAAAUCACUGCCUCUAAAAACUAGUUGCUGUACAGAUAAAAUAUAUAGUAUCCUUGAAGUAAUUUAUAAUACUUUCAACUGGAGGAAUAAACAAAAAAUACAAGAUUCAACAAAAUGUCAAAAUUGGGAUUAAUGGGGAGAUUUUAAGUUAACCAACAGGGUUAGAAAAUCAAUGUGCUAUCCUAAAUAUGGUUUGGCUGCAUUAUUCUCAAAAGGUAAGAAGGCACUGACCUGGUGUAACAGGGGCCUUGAAUUGAACAUACUGCAUUUUUCUUUAUGGGUAUGCUCCGAUAAAGAAAAUGUUUUUAUGCAAUACAUAAAGAAAAAUGCAAUAGUACCUACAACUCUUUUGGGAACUGACUGUUUUGAAAAAAUAACAGUUGCCUUUUACGGGGGGUUGGUGGGGAGGUAAUUAUUUAAACACAAGGUGGCAAGUGAAAACUACUUACCUAAGAAAUUGCAUUACUUAAGAGAAGUCGCCAAGGUUCACUACAUCACAUCUUUCAAAUCUUAAAUGAGCACCUUUCCUCACAUUAUCCUUUGUCGGAAGCGAUUUCUCUUUACAACUAUUCUGGCUACCUCAGACCUCCAUCCACAAUUCUCCUGAAUCCUUCAUUAUCGACAAAGCCUGGGGCAGAGCGCAAGCAUUCCUUUCUGAAAGCGCACCUACUUACAGAUCACUGUUUUCCAAAAAUGCAUCUAAUGCCCAAGCAUGAAAUUACAGGCUUGUUCUCUCACGUCUCAGCCAGGAAAACAAAGACCGUUCUUCUCACCCAAUUCAAAUGGCGGGAGGAACCUUCAAUUAAUUCUAAAUCAGGAAGGAACCUUCCCAUCUCACUUCCCAAAUGUUUGUAAAAGAUGUCUUCUUCAGCCAACUUCCUGCCUUCCAGGCACGGCACCCCAGAACUACGGAAACAGUACUCAGGAAUCGAGAGUGGCCAAACGCUGCUAAUGGGAGAUAGGACACUCGUUGAUCAUGGGCAGAGAAACUCGGCACAACGCCGAGUCACGGUACACGGUGUCUUCGGCCUCGCCCAGGGACACCUGGUGACCCGAGGUCGGGUUCCAAGUUGGAGACAGAUUUUGCGAGUGGAUGAGACGAUGGAAGAUGGUGCCCCAAAGCAUAUCAUCCAAAUGACAGGAUUUAAGAUGGAAGAAAAAGAAGCGCUAGUCAAAUUACUUUUAAAACUAGAUUGCACUUUUAUUAAGAGUGAGAAAUACAAAAAUUGUACACAUCUUAUAGCUGAACGCCUAUGUAAGAGUGAAAAAUUUUUAGCAGCUUGUGCAGCAGGAAAGUGGAUACUAACCAAGGACUAUAUAAUUCAUAGUGCCAAAAGUGGCAGAUGGCUUGAUGAAACAACUUAUGAAUGGGGAUAUAAAAUUGAAAAAGAUUCCCGUUAUUCACCUCAAAUGCAAUCUGCACCUAAAAGGUGGCGUGAAGAACUGAAACGCACUGGUGCUCCAGGAGCCUUCCACAGAUGGAAAGUUGUCCUCCUUGUUAGAACUGAUAAGCGAAGUGAUUCUCUUAUAAGAGUUUUGGAGGCUGGAAAGGCAAAUGUUAUUUUACCAAAAAGUUCACCAAGUGGAAUAACUCAUGUGAUUGCCAGUAAUGCAAGAAUUAAAGCUGAGAAAGAAAAAGAUAACUUUAAGGCUCCAUUUUAUCCAAUUCAGUAUCUAGGGGAUUUUCUUUUAGAGAAAGAAAUUCAGAAUGAUGAAGAUUCCCAAACCAAUUCUGUUUGGACUGAACAUAGUAAUGAAGAAAAAAACAAAGAUUUCAGGAAAGAUGCAGGAUUUCUUGAAAUGAAGGGUGCCUUAAAAGAGACCAUGUAUAGAACCCAGAAAGAAAUGCAAAAUCAUGAUGAAGAUGUUAAUGUUGGUUCUAUUUUGAGUGAACAUCACAAAAAAGAAAAAUUCAGUGGUUCCAGUAAAGAUUUGAAAUUUGUCAAAAUGAGAAAUACCUUUGGAAGUCAUACAUAUGAAAAUCAGAAGGAAAUUAAGAAAAAAGAUGAAGAUGUUCAAAGGAGUUAUACUUUGAGGAGAAAACGCAAGAAAGAAAAAGAAAGCAAUUGCAAGAAAGACGUUGAACAUGAAAAAAUUAAAAGUACCUUAAGAAGGCACAUAUGUAAUAGAGAUCAGAAAGAAAUGAAGAAUUCUAUUUUUGCUGAAUAUGCCAAAGAAUCAAAAGCCAUGGCUAUCAAGACAGAUGUGGAUGUUGUUGAAAUAAAAAAUGCCUUAAGGAAGCACAUAUAUAGAGCUCAGGCUGUCAGAUACAACUGCGUUAGAAUAGAUAAACAACCAAUGUACAAUGUAGAGGUUAAAAAUACUGAAUUUCCCAGAGGUGUAUUAAAUUUAAUUGAAAGCCUCAUAGAAGGACAGUUUUUUAAAGAAGCAAUUGAGGAACUUUCCACUUUGCAGGCACAUUAUAUCCCUCCUGUAUGCAUUCUUCAUGCCCUUCUAGAGAACGUUCUACAGGAUAACAUAGAUACAUUUUCUGGUCGAUACUUUCAUAUAUUGUCAGCUCUUCUUCACCUGCAUCCUCCUUGGAAGUCUCCAGCCAUGUCAAGAUAUUAUUUAGAGUUGUUUCAGUGUCCAACUUGUAUGAAAGGAGCAUGGUCUUUAGUAGAAGUCCUUAUCAGGUCUUGCCUUUUCAAUGAAAGCUUUUGUCAUCAAAUUUCAGAAAAUAUUGGCUCCAAGGUGCUCCACCUGACGCUGCUCAAAUUUUUCUUUAAUUUAAUUGAAAGUGAAGUACAAUAUCUGAGUCAAAAGUUGUAUGACUGGUCAGAUUCUCAGAAUCUGAAAAUAACAGGAAAGGCAAUGCUUCUUGAAAUUUUUUGGUCAGGAAGUGAAACCUCUGGGCUUUUGACCAAACCAGUAAAUAUGCUUUUGGAAUGGACUAUAUAUUCUCACAAGGAAAAAUGCAAGUCUAAUGAUGUCUUCAAACAUGAACUAGCUUACUUAUUGACUGGAAUUCUUGGAGCAGCAAUAGAUUAUUGGAUUUUCCUUGGUCUUAAGAUGGGUAGAAAUGUGAUGCGACACAUGUCUGAUGACUUAGGAAGUUAUAUUUCUCUUUCGUGUGAUGACUUUUCUUCACAGGAAUUAGAGAUUUUCAUUUGCUCCUUUUCCUCCUCCUGGCUUCAAAUGUUUGUUGCAGAGGCAGUCUUUAAAAAGUUGUGUCUACAGAGCUCUGGUAGUGUUUCUUCUGAGCCACUCUCUCUUCAGAAAAUGGUAUAUUCCUAUUUACCAGCCUUGGGGAAAACUGGUGUGCUUGGGUCGGGAAAGAUUCAGAUAUCAAAGAAAAUAGGACAGCGGCCUUGUUUUGACUCUCAGAGAGCCUUACUAAUGUUGAAUGGUACUAAACAAAAACAAGUCGAAGGGCUGCCGGAGUUACCAGACCUGAACCUUGCUAAAUGUUCCUCAUCAUUAAAAAAAUUGAAAAAGAAGUCAGAAGGAGAAUUGUCCUGUUCCAAGGAGAAUUGCCCCUCUGUAGUUAAAAAGAUGAAUUUUCACAAGACUAAUCUAAAAGGAGAAACAGCCCUGCAUAGAGCUUGCAUAAAUAACCAAGUGGAGAAAUUGAUUCUUCUUCUCUCUUUGCCAGGAAUAGACAUCAAUGUUAAAGACAAUGCUGGCUGGACGCCUUUGCAUGAAGCCUGUAACUAUGGCAACACAGUGUGUGUCCAGGAAAUUUUGCAACGUUGUCCAGAGGUAGAUCUGCUCACUCAAGUGGACGGGGUGACUCCUUUGCAUGAUGCACUGUCAAACGGACAUGUAGAAAUUGGCAAGCUGCUACUACAGCAUGGGGGCCCAGUGCUUUUACAACAGAGGAAUGCUAAGGGAGAAUUGCCCUUGGACUAUGUGGUUUCACCUCAAAUCAAAGAAGAACUGUUUGCUAUUACAAAAGUAGAAGAUACAGUGGAGAACUUUCAUGCACAAGCAGAGAAACAUUUUCAUUACCAGCAACUUGAAUUUGGCUCAUUUUUACUUAGUAGGAUGUUGCUAAAUUUUUGUUCAAUUUUUGAUUUAUCUUCAGAGUUCAUUUUAGCUUCCAAAGGGUUAACUCAUCUAAAUGAACUGCUUAUGGCUUGUAAAAGUCAUAAAGAAACCACCAGUGUUCAUACUGACUGGUUAUUGGAUCUUUAUGCUAGAAAUAUAAAGACAUUGCAGAAACUCCCACAUAUUCUUAAGGAACUGCCUGAGAAUUUAAAAGUGUGUCCUGGAGUACACACUGAGGCCUUGAUGGUAACAUUGGAAAUGAUGUGUCGGUCAGUCACAGAGUUUUCAUGAUAAUGCUAGAAAGGAUGGAUUGACUUUCUAAAUCUGUUCCGUUUGCAUUGGCACUUACUGUGGACUUCAUAGCUUACUGACAGAUAGUAAUUUGAUUUAUUUAUUGACAGACUUUGCAGCCUUGCUAAAUUUUAAAAGCAUUUUUUUAAAAACUUCUGCAGAACUCUAGUAUGGGCUUCUGACUUUUUCCAUGGUGUAGAAUUUGACUCAAAAGUAAAAAUAAUUUUGUUUUAGUAUAUUCUACUUUCAUUAAUCUUUAAUUUUUUUGUUCUGAAAGUGAUAUAUUGUACGUGUAAAAUUAAUUUAAAUAUUUUUUCAAAUCAAAAUGUAAUGUCCUGUAUUCUAGAUGUUCUAGGUCUUAGAAUCAUGGCAAGGAUAUUCAUACAAAUGUGUACCUAUAAACUUGUAGCUCCUGACUCUUAUGGAUGGAUUUUGAGGAAAAAACAAGACUAAACAAAAAACAUGUAGCUCCCUAUUUUUUCUCUCCAGGUUGUUGGACUGAAAUAUGCAUUUUAGCUUUGUGUGUUUCUAAAAUAAACAUUUCUAAAAUUUACAGUAAUAAUUAAUAUUCUUUUGGUUUUUAAAUGCAGCAAAUACGCAGAGUCUGACAGGUCAAUUCUUUGAUCUGUUUUAUUUUAGCAAUUCAUAUACAAAAUGUAUGUCGCUGCCCUAUGUAACCAAUAUUCUGUACCUGAAAAUAUUCUGCUGCAUAAGUUUAUGAGUUUAAUAUAAAGAUUAUGAGUGGCAUCUAAGUAAUAGAUUUGAGAUUAUUUAAGAUCUUAAUAUGUAAUGUGAAUUUACUGAGUAGUAAUGUUUUAAUUUGCAGUUUUUCCUAAUAGCAGUUUGUAGUAAAACUAAAAGAAAGGGUAUAGAUAAUAACCACUUUUGAAAUUGGAGUUUCUUCACUACUGGGAGUAAGUUACAUUAUGGUACAGGUGGAAAAUAAACACUUCCAUUUAGCUUUUAUGUAACUCAAGUGAUAACUUUACAGCAGUUAAUCUGCUAAAGCAACACACUUCAGUUUUAUUUUGCAAAUAGAUAUUUUAACAAGAUACAAAUGCUCAGUAUCAUAUUACUGGGUUUGUAAUCUAAAUUGAAAAUUGCUACAUCAGUAUGAAAUAUUUUAAAUAAGUAAUUUUUCAUACAUACUCAAGAAAUACUAGUUUCUAUUUAGCCUUCAAAUUUGGCAUCAUGCAAAUCUCUUUAUUAUUAAUCUGCCAAAGUAUCAGAGAAAAAAUUAUAUAAUGAAGACUAAGAAAAGUUUAAAUACUUAUAGAGAGUAAAGUGCUUCUCCAGAUGAUGAAUAAGAAUGUUUUUUAUUCCAAGGAGUUCCUCUUUAUAAUGGUGUCUGGGAUAGUGUUUUCUUGGUAAACUAAUAUAAACUUGUAAACAUAGGCUUUGACAUCAUACACAUUUUCAAAUCCUUGUCUAGAUCCUUAAUAACUAAAUUGCAAGGCAAAUUCUUUUCUGAGCUUGGUUUUCCUACAUGUCAAAUAGAAAUCACACCAGGUAGCUUUGUCAUGAUAGAAUUGUUAGCCUAUCACAUCAUAUGACACUUAAUAAAUAUCGUUUCCUUUCUAGUUCUUACCUCCUCUUUUGAUUAUAAUGAGUCAUUUAGACAAAAGACAAGAUAGUAAUUGUUUAAGUUGGUAGUAAUUCUAAGGUAAUUAAGUAAUCAACAUCAUGAGUUAGGGUUUUAUACUGUUAAGACAAAGUAGUUUUCCAAAUUAGAUGUUCAUAAGAUAUAUUUGUUUAGCUGCAAUUAGCAUUAAUAUUUCGUAAUUGACUGUUCUGUCUGCCAACUUCUACAAGCAGUGAUGACAUGAAGUGUGAAACAGAUGUCAUUGAGGUCUCUGCCUGUAGGAAGUUUUACACUUCUUCGAAAGUCCAACAUGGCAAACACAGGUUCCUGUGUUCUGUGCCCUAGCUAACAUAAUACCAGUAUAUGAGUUUGAAUUUAAAUUUUCAAUAAAAGGCUUCAUUUCCAAAAUUACUUUAUAUACGUUAUUUUAGAAAACAUAAUAAUAAUUGCCUUGAAUAAUUGCCCAAAUCUAUCUUGGAGGUAUAGGAAGAAGAAAUUCUCAGUAAGUAUAAUUCAUAGUCGUAGUCGUAGAUUUUCAAUUGCAGACUUUUCAAAGUUGCAUAUGAAGACAAGGUUGAGAAAUGCUAUUCUUCAUUGUAUUUUGCCAGAUGUGGUAUCAUAGUUCUAUGGAAUCAUAUUUUUAAAAAUUUCUAUAAGAGACCUUAUUAUAGUGUAAAUAAAAUUGGAGAGGAGAUUUCUGAGCAGUUAAGAUUCAGCUUUUCCCCAUGCGGUGUUUACUGGCAGUUUCUUAAAUUUCUUUGAAGUUAAGAGUUUUCUAGGUUGUUAAUUUUUAAUUUCACUUUGCAGAUUAAAAUCGUCCAAGUAUAUACAUAUUCUGUCAUUUUACUCAUUCCAAGAUGACCAGAAAAACAUUUAUCCUCAUAAAAGUCAAAUGUGAAAUUAAUUCUUUUGAAUUCAGCAUUUCUUGAACACCUACUCUGAACCAGGUGGUGUGCUUGACAAGGGCUAACUACCAAAAAAAGAGGAAAGGCCCACAGUCUAGGAAGUAUUUAUGGGACCUGAAGAAUUACUUGUUCUCUGGUGAGACUUUUCAGAUUCAACACAAAAGCAGGGAGAAACUGGUCAUACACCCCGUCACAAACUCCAGCUGAACUAACUUGGACAGGAGGAUCUUCCCUAACAGCUCUGGAAGGAAAUUGACAGAACUUUCAUAAAGCCAAAGACUGGCAGAAAUAAAGUAAAUAAUGAUGAAACUGAGCAAUAGAGCACCCAGAAGGAGUGUCCCCUGCCAAAAAGAAUGUGGCAUUUCACCCUUCGAGAAACAAAUGGACACCCUGUCCCACACAAGACCAGGGCUCACAUGUCACCGUCACUCACUUCUUUAUCCUUUCGCCAAAGGAAGCCACUUCAUCUAGGAUGUUCUGGACACUGACACAAACCUCCUGGAUGGCAUAGAUUUUAUUUAUAAAUCCCUUUUUUUCACUGUCCUAAAAUGCAAUAAAAAAGAAAUUCUGUAUGA